AUGACUGCUGCUGCUGCAGUGCUGCUCCGGCAGCGAGGCGGCGGCGGCGGCGUCGACCAGCCCGUUACGGCGACGAGUGGGGACGAUGACGGUCGUGCUGGCGGGCGAGGUCGGGCAGGGUGUGCGUGUCCGUCGUUGGCGGCGCUCCCCCACCUAACGAUUUUACGGUCUCCACAGCCGCCGUCGUGCCGCGCUUUGCUGCCGCCUGCCACCGUCACCGUUGCUGACGUCAUGACCCAGCACACGGUUAUUAACGUGCGGCAAAUGGGAAUGGCAAAUGCGAAUGGUAAUGAUUCGUUCUUUGACGGGCGGUAA